UGAAGUCGACGUGCAGCGCGGACCGCGUGAUGCUGAAGAGGAGGUCGUCCAGCCAGGUGCUCCCGUCCCGGAGCCGGAAGCUGUGGUGGAGGCUGUUCAUGUGGAGCCACCGGAACCUGCACCGGCCGGGCGCCGCCACAUGGAGCACCUUGCCACCCGCUGGCGCGGACCACCAAAUGCUCCACUCCCACCACCAGCAGCACGACGGGUACACGUCCGACACGUUCGGCGCGGCCGCGGACGGCAAGAACAAGGAGAUCGCCGAGGUGGAGGAAGAGCCGACGUGCCCGAACCAGUGGGUGGCGUUCUCGGCGGAGGCCUCGCCGCUGGACCGCGUCAGCGCGUGGGUGAGCAGCCUCGGGGACGGCCCGCUAAUCCACGGCGAGGAGCAGGAGGAGGAGGAGGACGAGGAGGAGGAGGGGAACGGCAUCACCGAGACCGAGAUCGAGAUCGGCGAGCCGUCGGGUACGACGUCGAAGGACCACGCGCAGGCGCAGACGCGGCAGAAGCGGCGCAGCAGGGCGGCGGAGGAGGCGGUCCAGCAGGCGAGCAGCAUCGUGCAGACGCUCAACGCCUUCUCCUCCGUGGCGCACAUCUCCGGCAUGGGGCUCAAGGCCGUCCCCAUGAUCUCGGCCUUCUCCAGCCUCCGGGCGGUGAACCUCUCCGGCAACUUCAUCGCUCACAUCUCGGCCGGGUCGCUGCCCAGGGGGCUGCACUCGCUGGACCUGUCCCGGAACAGCAUCGCCAGCAUCGAGGGCCUGCGGGAGCUGACGCGGCUGCGCGUGCUCAGCCUCAGCUACAACCGGAUCGCGCGCAUCGGCCACGGGCUGUCGAGCUGCACGGCGCUGAGGGAGCUGUACCUGGCGGGGAACAAGAUCAGCGACGUGGAGGGGCUGCACCGGCUGCUCAAGCUGGCGGUGCUGGACCUGAGCUUCAACAGGGUCACCACCACCAAGGGCCUGGGCCAGCUCGUCGCCAACUACAGCUCGCUGAAGGCGCUCAACCUGCUGGGCAACCCGGUGCAGGCCAACGUCGGCGACGACGCGCUCCGCAAGGCCGUCUCGGGCCUCCUGCCGCUGCUCGCCUACCUCAACAAGCAGGCCCUCAAGCCGCAGCGCGCGCGCGAGGCCGCCAAGGACAGCGUCGCCAAGGCCGCCCUCGGGAACAGCCGCUGGAGCUCGCGGCGGCGCGCGAGCUCCACGGCGCGGCGCCUCGGCCACAGCCCCGGCUCGGCGUCGGCCAAGAGGGAAGGGAGCAGCGGCAGGAGCAGGUCCCUGAACGGGGUUCAGGCGAGGAGGUGAGACGAUCGGGCAAGGAGCAAUGCUACAGAUGGCAUUGUCACGUUGAUCACCCUGGACUGGACGGCGUUGAGUUGAGACUGUGUGUACUGCUGGAAAUAACUGCAAACGUUGUGAGACCCGAAAGGUGUACUUGGAAAACAAGUGUAGUGGUAGUGUUUCAAGCCUUUCCUGAUGAGCCCAAAAUGAUUCAGGAAAGAAGAAAUGACAUGCGGAUGGAUUCAUGUAAGUUGCGAGGUCGACCAAAUUUGUAAAGUUAAGUAAAAUGUUUGUAGAUUUUUUUUAGGUCUAGUAAGCAUUAUUGCUUGAAAA